AUGGUUCUCACCUUUUCCUGCGCACCUUUAGUAGAAGUGCUGAAGACACAAGAAUUUCGUAUAAAACCUCGGGGGAGGGCUCAGGGCUGGAGAAGCCGCACCAGCGACAGCCCGGCCGGGGAGCUACCGGGAUGCGAGGGGAGAUGGGGGGAUGCGGGAGGGAGGGGCACCGCUCCCACGCCCCCACCAUCGCCCCGCGUGGGGGGAGGGGCUCGGGCCCGCCGGACUGCCCCCUCCUCCCCACCCCCAGCCAGGCUGAGGGCGUUGGCGGCUCCUCGAACCUCGGCCCCCGCAGCGGCCGCCGGCGCCCGAGCACUGGCUCCGAGGCUCAGCUCCCGCGCCGCUCCCCGAGGAAGGAGAGAGCCGAAAACCUCCCCGCCUCCCCCUCCUCCAUCGCCGCCCAAAGCUCACCUUCUUCUCUUCUCCUCCUCCUCCGGUCCCCCCCCGCGCCGGAAGCCCAGGGGCCCUCAAGUACAGGGCGCAGGGGGAGGAGGGGAUGAAGGGAGGGAGCCGGAGCCUAGUGAGGGGCCACCCGCCCAGCUCGCUAACAGCCACCGCGUCUGCCUAGGUUUGACACCCACACACCAUCCAACAUGGCGGCCGGGAGGGGGCGCGCCUGACUGCGUGCGCGCAUCCGUGCGUUCCGCGCCCCCUCCCCCCCCCCCGCCGCCUCCCCCGCUCCCUACCCGCCCCCUCGAGCAAAGCGGAUUCGCGCGCCGGAGCGUGCGCGCGCCUGCGCGAGGACGCGCUCCCUUCCCCCCGCCCCCGGGCCCCCCAACCCCAACCGCCUCGGUCAGGCCCCCUCCCCGCUCCUCCUUGCCGGGGGCGUGGGGGGGGGGCGCUGCCGCGUGCACGGGAGCCCCGCCUCUCUCUCGGCCGCAGUACUCCUUGGCCGGGGCGGGGCCAGAAUCAGGAGCUGACCGACACCCAAACACAGUCUGA